AUGAGAGCGACGGUCACGGAGGUGAGGGCCAGUGGCUGCGGCUACAGCCGACCCAGGCACCAGCAGCCACCCAGCUACAGCCGAUCCAGGUGCCGACAGCUGCCCGGCUACAGCCACCCAGUUACAGCCGAUCCAGAUGCCAACAGCCACCUGGGUACAGCCGAUCCAGGCACCUACAGCCACCCGGCUACAGCCGAUCCAGGCACUGACAGCCACCUGGGUACAGCCAAUCCAGCUACAGUCGAUCCCGGCACCGACAGCCACCCGGGUACAGCCAACCUGGAUGCCAACCGCUAUCCGGCUACAGCCAAUCCAGGCACCGACAACCACCUGGCUACAGCCGAUCCAGGCACCUACAGCCACCAGGCUACAGCCGAUCCAGAUGCUGACAGUUGA